CUCACAACCUUAUUUCUCGGGAAAUCCUCGGACAGGGCCAUAAGUUUCUAUUUCGUUUACCACGCCCCUACACGGCUGAUUGGCGUGGAAGUGGACCAACAACGCGUGCUGACUUGAGUCCGGAUCGACCAAUCAGCUGCUGGCUCUGAGCUCACUCGGAAACUGCGCGACCUGACUCGAACAUUUCGGCUCUUUAACUGCGUUGACGGCAGCUGUGUAAGAGCCAAAAUGGCACCUGGGGUUCGCUUGAGAAUAACGACGUGGGCGGGAUUAGUGGGCAUCCAAUAAAGAAGAGAACCAAGUGAGGAAGACUAAGGAAAUAACAUUCACACGCUUGUCGUCUGUAUGUAGUUGUUUUGCUUUCCCAACUUCGACAACAGCUCUCUAGUAACGCCAGAAAACACAGCUAGCAAUAGCUAUGCACAUGUUUUAACACCAAUUAGCUAGCUAAUAAGAUAUUUCGAAGCGGACUGGGACUGGCAGCAUAAAGAGAGGUGGUUUCCUGAUCAACCUUAGGAUGGCUCAGUGGGACAGACUGAGGCAGCUGUCUGAUGUGUACAGGCAGGAGUUACAUGAGCUCUAUGACAGGGAUGCUUUGCCCAUGGAUGUUCGGCACUACCUGUCAGUUUGGAUAGAGAAGCAGGAGUGGUUACGAGCAGCACAGGACCCUGACAAAGCCAUGGUGCUGUUCCAGGAACUGCUGGCGAAUCUGGAUAUCCAACACAGCCGCUUUGUUCAGGAGGAGUCAUUCUUGCUGCAGCACAACAUCAGACGCUAUAAACAGAACUUUCAGAAGUACCAGGAUGACCCAUGUACCUUGGCAAGGAAUAUCCUGUGGUUUUUGGAAAAAGAGAAAGAAGUCCUGGACAGGGCUGAUCUAGCUGAGCAGGUCCAGUUUUUGAACGUAGCACAGGAGGCCAUGGAGAUAAGCAGCCAGCAGGACCUUGAACGUAAAAUGUCUGGCCUUAGGAAUGACAUGCAGUGCAUGGAGCACACAAUGUCAUGUCUGGAGGAGCAGCAAGAUGAGUUCGAUUUUAAAUUCCAAACCUACAAAAUGGAAGCUGUGGUAGACGAGGCUGUGAAGAAAGAGCAAAUGAAGUUUUUUCAGCAACUCAUCAACAGACUGGAUGAAUGCAGAAAGAGCACACUGUCAGACCUCCACAAGCUGCUGGACAAGACUGAGGAGCUGAUCAGCUUGCUGGUGAAGAAGGAGCUGGUGGAGUGGCAGAGGAGGCAGCAGAAAGCCUGCAUUGGUGCUCCAGACAAUGUAUGUCUGGAUCAGCUAGAGACCUGGUUCACCUGUGUGGCAGUGUGUCUGUUCCAGGUGCGGGAGUUUCUUAGUAAGCUGGAGGAGCUGGUUGGAAAAGUGUCCUAUGCCAACGACCCUGUGAAGGCCCAAAAACCUGCUCUGCAAAGAAGAGCAGACACUCUUUUGAAAGACCUACUCAAGAGUUCUUUUGUGGUUGAGAUUCAGCCAUCUAUGCCUCAGGGGAAAGGACCCCUGGUGCUCCGCACAAACGUCCAGUUCUCUGUCAAGACCAGACUUCUUGUCAAGUUUCCUGAGCUGAACCACUCCAUGAAAGUGAAUGUGUCCAUGGACAGGGAGGCUCCUCAGAUCAAAGGAUAUCGACGUUUUAAUGUUCUGGGGAACAACACCAAGGCCUUGAACAUGGCAGAGAGCCAGAGUGGAGGCAUGGUGGCAGACUUCAGGCAUCUGACUCUGAAGGAGCAGAAGUGUGGAGGUGGUGGCAAAGGAGCCAGUGAUAUUUCUCUCAGUGUCACAGAGGAGCUGCACAUCGUCUACUUCAACACAGUAUUUGAGCAGAAAGGCUUGUCUGUUGAGUUGCAGGCCUGCUCCCUUCCGGUGGUCAUCAUCUCCAACUCCAGCCAGCAGCAGAGUGCCUGGGCUUCAGUUCUCUGGUUCAAUAUGAUCAGUCAGGACACCAAGGACGUCCUGUUCUUUGCCAACACUCCUUCAGCUGCUUGGCCGCAGUUUGGAGAGAUGCUGAGCUGGCAGUUUCUCUCUGCCACUAAACGCGGUCUGAAUGAUGCUCAGCUGGAGAUGAUUGCACACAGACUAUUCGGAAAGAAGCAGAGCUAUGACAACUGCCAAGUAGCUUGGUCAAAGUUUAGCAAGGAAAAUCCUCCCGACACUUUCUAUGUGUGGUUUGAUGGCAUCCUCGUGAUGGUGAAAUCAUACCUUGAAGACCUUUGGAGGGAUGGCCACAUCAUGGGGUUCGUGAGCAAAGGCAAAGAGAAAUCCCUCCUCAAGAAAAAACAGAGAGGCACGUUCUUGUUGCGCUUCAGUGAAAGUGUCAUUGGAGGAAUCACUUUCUCUUGGGUGGAAACCACCAUAACUGGUGAGCCUGACGUUAAGACAGUACAGCCCUUCACCAAAACGGACCUUUCCCAGAUCCCCUUCGUUGAAAUCAUCAGAAACUUUCAGAUCUUAGAGGCUGAAAAUAUCCCAGAAAACCCUCUUCUGUAUCUUUAUCCCAACACCCCCAAAGACGAGGCUUUUGGGAAGUACUACUCUGAGAGGACAGGAGAUAACAGCCUUUACAUAAAGUACAUCAAAACAAAGCUGGUGUUUGUUUCAAAAGAGAACACACUGGAGGCUAGGUCACCCAUGUCCUGUGACAUGGCACAGGGUGAAGGCCUGGAGCCAAUGAAUGGCCUGUAUGGAGAGGGAGCUGAACAAAACGACACUCCUCAGCCUCUGAACUCACCUCUGGAAAUGUAUCACCCUGAUCCCAUGCUGUCUGGCUCUCCUGCAACCCAAGAGGAGGAUUUACUGACAUAUCUCAGUAACCCCAACCUCUUUGCUGAGUGUGACAUAUUGCAAAAUGAUGUGGGGCUUCCUGAAUUGAGUCUUCAGGGAUUUAAUUGCCUGCCCCCACAAUCCUGUGGAAGCAUUUUCCAGUGAGCCUCUGAUGUCAUUCUCUUUAUCAUUCAUCAUCAGCUCUGUUGCCACUUAUGUUACAACAUCCAUGUCACAUAAUUGUGUCAUACAUAGCAAAACCAGUGUUAAUUGUGAUAGUUUGCUCUGAAUGUUGUUGGUACUUGGCAGCCCCUGUGCUAAACCUGACUUGCAAUAUUUUAGAAUAGCUGUUUCAAUCAGCAGUUGAACUUUGACAUAAUUCACAUUUUUUAAAUCUGCUUUUAUCAUGUUGUACUGUUGUCAAAAAUGAUUGAUUGAGACUAUUGAAGACACAAAAGAGGCACCAGUCACCUGCACUCAAUCCCUCAACUAUCAUGCUUCAGAAACAUUUUGGUUUCCGGAUAUGGUAUCACAUUAAAGGGAUGUGUUUGGAAAAGUUUAUAAGAGACAUUGUACAUUGCUGACACUGCACUUAAUUUAUUGUUUUGAUGUUUAUUGUGAGUUCCCUUUGGGGUUGUUUUUAUGUUGGUGCCCACACUUGUUGAUAAACUACUGACAUAUGGCACUUGCCUCCUGUAAGUUAGUUAUAUGCUAUGCUUUUAUAUAACCCUGUUCAUUUAAACCAAUAAAGGGGAGCUGACUGGUUGUGUGUUCAGUUAAGUUAAAAUA